UUUCUGAUUUUUCUGCACAGUUUUACCGUAAUUUUGUGUUUAAAAAAAAAAAAAAAAAUCGCUGCAGCGUCUGUCGUCUCCUCCAGGCAGCGUCUCUCGAACUCUCGUCUCCUUCUCCAGACCGUCGUCAUCGCAGCCACAUCGUGAAAGAUUGAAGCUUGCGCUUGAACUCGAACUCGAGUCCAGAUCGUCUCUCGACAUUGUCGAAGCUUGCCCUUCGUCUUCUCUUCGUCACCGCCCCAGCCAGGUGCCCAGAUCGUCGACGGCUUGAACUUGCCCUUUGUCUUCUCUUCUCCUCACCUACUGCUACUUUCCAGUCUCCACGACGUCGUCUUCUCUUCCAACUCCCAUUUCUGCUUCAAUCAAAAUUUCUGCAGAGCAGUGAGAUCUUAGGGAGUUACAUAGACCACUGUGAUAAUGAAAGAGUGUGUGCAACAUGCAAAUCUGGAUGUGCAAGAGCUAAAAGAGACAGUAGAUGUGCUGACAAGAGAUAUAACCACCAUCAAGGAGACACUAGAGAAGGCAAAUGAGGUGUUGGGAUUAAUACAGAGAACAAUGGCCGAAACUCGUGUACCAGAACAAGAGGCCAGUGACCAUGGGGAUGCGUCUAGGAGUAACCCACAUGGUAAGAGGGAUGGUGGAAAGAACAGAAGAUUAGAGUUACCUGUUUUUGCUGGAGAAGACCCGUUGGGUUGGCUUUUUCGGGUGGAACGUUACUUCCUGGUCAACACCAUCUUAGAUCAAGAAAAGAUGGAAGCUACAAUGGUCUGUCUUGAAGGGAGAGCACUUAACUGGUACCAACGGAUUGACACAUGAACCUCAUUGCGAAGCUGGGCUGAAUUCAAAAGCGAGUUGCUACACAUAUUUCAUUUUAUUCAAUGUGGGGGGGGACUAUGAGAUGCUUUUUUUAGCAAAGCAGGAACGAAUUGUGCUAGAGUAUGUUGAGGAAUUUGAGCGUUUAUCUGCACCAUUAAGGGAAGCUUCAGAGGAGUAUCUCAUUGGCGCUUUUCGAAACGGGUUGAGGGCUGAAGUCAAAGUGGAACUGAGGCUGACCAAUGCCCUAUCUCUGCGUGAAGUUAUUGAAUCUGCUUUGUGCGUGGAAGAGAGAAAUCGGAUACUUGAGGAAGACAAAGGUCCACAUAGACUUGGGUUUCAACGGUAUCCAUCUGGGCCUAAAACUAAUUAGGCCCAACCUUAUUUCUCACGUGUAACACACAUACCAGAAGCGAGCAAGAUCACAGUCACUGCAAGUUUGGCAUAUGCGACUGUUGAAGCGAACAAGAAGGCCGAAACGAAAAUAGGGGAGUCAAAGUUUCAGGGUAGUUUGGCGAGUUCAUCCACUUUCCAGCGGGGAGGCUUUUCUCGAAGACUCUCAGACGUUGAGAUUAAUCACCGAAGGGAGUUGGGACUUCGUUCCAAAUGCGGAGACAAACUUGGCCCGAAUCAUCAGUGCAAAAACAAACACUACCAAGUAAUGUUGCUGGAAAUGAAUUCUGAAAAAGGUGCAGAGGGUACUGAGAUUGAGCAAGAACCGGAAAGAAAGUGCAAUGGGGAAGAGGAAGAAGCCACACAUAUGGAACUUUCUCUAAACUCCAUAGCUGGAUUUGGUGACAACCAUACCAUGAAGGUAAGAGGCCAAAUUGGGGAAGAAGAAAUUGUCAUCCUCAUAGAUAGUGGAGCCACCCACAAUUUCAUCUCAGAGAAACUACACAGCAAAAAGGAUCUCCCAAUGGAUGAGAUACCAGAGUACACGAUUACAGUAGGAUAUGGAUACACUCUUAAAUGGAAGCAACGCUGUAAGGACCUCUACUUGAAGCUCGAUAGAGGGGAUCUUCAAUUGAUUGUUAAAAACAAAAAAAAUUGUCUCUGACCCAGUACUUCAUGCUAGGCCUAGCUUUUGGAGAUCUCAGUUCCAUCAGCACAGUGAAUCAUUCGGAAGGGGAGAGGAUUCUAUG